UAUUUCUUUCUUCCAUCUUUUGUUACUGCUGAAGAUAAGCUGCUCUUGUAUUUUCUACAGAAAUUUUCAUCAUGGAGUCCAACAUUUUUUGGAACUCAUAUACAAUUAUUCUUCUUGUGUUAUGUUCUGGUGCAGCUGCCUAUGACGCAUUGGAUCCAAAGGGAAACAUAACAAUCAAAUGGGAUUUGAUUUCUUGGACUCCUGAUGGUUAUGUGGCAGUGGUGACAAUGAACAAUUUCCAAAUGUAUCGUCCAAUAACGAGCCCUGGAUGGACUUUAGGAUGGACAUGGGCAAAGAAUGAGGUGAUUUGGGCCAUGAUGGGAGCACAAGCUACUGAUCAAGGGGAUUGCUCAAAGUUUAGAGGCAAUAUUCCUCACAGCUGUGAGAAAAAGCCUGCAAUUGUUGAUUUGAUGCCAAAUACCCCUUAUAACCAGCAAAUUGCUAACUGCUGCACGGGCGGUGUAAUGGCAUCGAUGGGAAAGGACCCUUCUGCUGCUCUCUCCGCAUUUCAGAUAAGCGUAGGCUCUGCUGGGAAUACAAACACAACAGUGAAACUUCCCAAAAAUUUCACUUUGGUUGCUCCAGGUGGUGGCUAUACUUGUGGUCCUGCUAAAAUCAUCCGUCCCACUCGUUUCGUAAAAAAUGAUGGUCUACAAGUGACACAGGCUAUGAUGACAUGGAGAGUGAUUUGCACUUACUCUCAGUUCUUAGACUCUCCAAAACCAACAUGUUGUGUCUCCUUGUCUUCUUUUCACAAUGCAAGUAUCACCCCUUGUCCUUCGUGUUCUUGUGGCUGCCGCAACAGUAGCAACUGUGUCAUGAAGACACUGAGUGGAAAGGGAGUAAAUGUGCGGAAGGCAGAGCUGCAAUGCACAAAACACAUGUGCCCUAUCAAUGUGCAUUGGCAUGUUAAAUCAAACUAUAACAAGUAUUGGAGUGUAAAGAUGACCAUCACAAACUUCAACUACCGAUUCAACUAUACACAGUGGACACUCAUUGUUCAACAUCCAAACCUCAGCAACGCGACUCAAGUUUCCAGUUUUUCAUACAAGCGUCUCAUGCCCAACCUAUCAACUAAUGACACAGCCUUGUUUUAUGGGAGAAAGCCAUAUACUGAUGUCCUGAUGCAAGCUGGACCAAAAGGAAAUGUCCACUCAGAUUUAACACUUGAGAAGGAUGGUAAAACAAUUGCACCUUUCCCUCGGAGGGUCUAUUUCAAUGGCAAUCUCUGUGUGAUGCCAUCUCCUGAUUCUUACCCAUUUCUUCCAAGUUCCGCUGGCACCAGAUAAAGAGCAUAGCCCUGGUUGUUCUGUUUCUAUUGGUAUAACUAGCCUGUUGUGGUAAUUAGUUAUUCAAGAACAGUAAUGUAUGAGUUUUACAAUCUGCAAUAAAUCGUGCAAGAAUUGAAGCAUUGUUACGUUAAUUGUGCAUGUCAUAUUCUGAAUUUAAUUGUUAGCAAAUGGUGUUUCACUCAUAAUCAAUCAGUCGUUAAAAUCCCUAAUAUUUGAUAUUCCAACAAGGUGGAAUACUACUUAUGAUUUGUUAGAACACAGCCAUUCUUAUA